CAGAAAUUAAAAUCCUCGGUUUCUCACUCUCUACGAGAAAAUGAAAUAUUCUCCAGCUAAAGUUUCCCCUUGUCAACCAAUUGAUGGAACCCUCGGUGCCCAUCCGCGCUCCGUAUGCGCCUGAAACUUGUCGUCAGUGAUCGUGGUUUCUUCUCCUUUAAUGGAGGGUUCGAAUUUAAUGGCUUCGAUUCAUCAGAGAGAGCAGAGGCGCUUGGCUUCAAUCUUAUUAUCUCUCUGCCUCUUUUUUCUGGCCAUUGUUUCUGGUAUCCGGGAUGAUUUUAGACCUAUUGAGAAAGAAUUUUGCAAAAAUACUGUUCAAGGAAGAUACUUACUGUCGGAUGAUCAUGGCCAUGUAUGUGAUGUUCUCUCAAUUGAUCCAUGGUCUCAAUGUUGCCCUGAAAGAGGAGAGCGUUUCUCUUGUCAGGGAUGUAAUCUUGUCUCACAAUGUUGUAACUCUUAUGAAUAUUGUGUAUCUUGCUGCUUGAGUCCAGAUCGGACAAAUAAAGAGUUUGCAUUGAAAGUGAGGAUAGGCAAGCCAGUAACUGCAGGCACUUAUGCUAGUGUGUUUGAUUUUUGUGCUGGAAGGUGCCGCCACAAUUCUGCUAGCGUGGUUCAUGAGAAUGCUUAUGCCAGUGACUUCCAUCACUGCUUCUCUUUGCAGCCAAACACUUCUGGACCUGUGGAUGCUACCAUAGAAGAAAGAUUGGCUGGAAUCAAUGUGUUUGUGGGAAGGCAAGGGCAGUCAUGCAACUCAGUUUGCAAGUCACAGGGCCAAUCUUGUGUUGUAAACAAGCUGUUGGCUUUGAAUACCUGUGAAAUGAUGCAGAGGUAUAUGAGUUGCAAAGGGGCGUGUGUGGCCAGUAGGGGAGUUGAUCAACCUGCAGAAGUUGCAGAUAAUGCUCCAAAGCAUAUGAAUCCAGGCUCAUGCUUGUAUACUCAAACACUGUCGGAGCUGUCAUGUGAAGGUUGUCACUCGCAAACAAAGAGGUUGUGUCCAUGUGCAUAGAGAGAGAGAGUCCAUUUUUAGGAUCAACAUAAAUUCAAAUUCAUUACGUUUCGGUUUAAUUCAUGUAAAUCAAGUAUGUUUCCUGUUCAUUCCUGUCCAUCAAGUAAAUUUUGCUUUCAUCUUUGGUGCAUAUAAGUUGAGAGAUUAAUGCAUGGACUGCCCUAUCUAUUUGCUCUGUA